GAUCAGGCAAUAAAGUAGACUUACUUUUUUUAAUAUUACAUAUUCUUUUGGUUUAUAUUCAACUGAAUUGAUUGAAAUAUUAAACAAAGUGAACUGGAUUACAGUUUUUAAAAAAAAAGAAAACAGAAUAGAAGUUUACAUACGAAUUAAUUCAAUUAAUUAUGGAAUUAAUUAAUCAAACAAAUUUAUUAUACUUAAAACAGAAAGCUACAAAUUCACUAAAUAUUUUGGAUAAAAAAUUAUCCAAGCUGAAUAAUCAACCCAUAAAUGUAAAAGAUGAAAGAAAAUGGACCAUGAAAUCCUUGUUAAAAAAAUCUAAACCAAAAUCGGAAUGGGAUAAAUAUUCAAUAAUUGAUCGAUCGAAUUGGUUCAAAUCACAAAUGACUAGUAGCCCAAGUCCUACACGUUAUGAUAUAAAACGACUAGUUGUCGUACAUCCGAUUACCUAUGGUUUCAAGAAUACUGGUCGAAUGAGACAGUGCUCAAUGUUUACCAAUGAUGGUUUAUGGUUGCUUCCCGGUGCCUAUAACGUCACUGAAGUAGACGAAAAAUUAAAUCAAUGUCAUAGAACUUAUUCAUUUAAAAAUUUACCUAGAAAAUCUAAUGAUCUACUAUUUGGUUUACAAGAUAAAAAUUUGUGUUUAGCUCCAGGCCAAUAUAACCCUUAUGGUGAUGAGUGGAUUAAAAAAACUCAAUUACCUACCUAUCACAGUGUAUUUAAAUCAAAAUAUUCCAGAUCUGUUUCAAGUCAAAAGCAAGAUAAUGUACCCCCACCAGGCGCUUACAAUUUGUCAUUUAAAGGAACGUUUGGAAUAAUGUCUCCAUUUGUUUCACAAGUACCUAGAUUUAAACGUUCAAAAUCGGUAGGUAUUAGUUGUUUUAAAAAUGAAAUCACCCAUGAUAUACAUAGAUAUCAAUGUUAGAAGAAUUAAAAUAUUUUUGAAUCAGUUGUUUAUAUGUUUAUUUUUGAUUGUGUAUACAUGAAUAUCAAGCGAAUACUGAGCUGGAAGCACACAAAUUAAGGCAACUAGUUGUUCACAAACACCUGGAAAGAUGGCAAAACAAAUACUACCUAAUAUCAUAAACGGUGAACGCUUUGGGACCGAUCGCUAUUCUCUUGUCCAGUGGACGUGUAGUUGGUAUUUUAAGGAGUAAGUACAAGGAUUCAGCACCAUGGUGAAAAUGAACAUUUGAAUUGAAAUGCAAGUAUUUGAUUGCAUAAACAGGUACUGAUGUACUCAUUCAUUAGUUAGCUAAAAACACUCAUCUUGAUUGUAUAGUGGUGGCUACUGUUGUCAUAAAUCUCUGAUGUUAGGCGAGUUUGUUUUUUGUAAAUGUGAGCGUACUUUACUACUAAAUUUCAAAAUAUGAAGAUUUCAUCAAAGCUCUGUUUUUAUUUAAAUCUAUCGGUAGGUUCAUCCAUUUCACACAUGAGUGUAUACGUUAUUAUGAUUCCAUCUCCUAUUUCUACCCAAUGUACGAAAUCAUUGGGCACAUUUUGUUAUCAAUGGAUCCUAUCAUUAUAAGAUAUUAUGUUAUUCGUGUCAAGAAAGUAACCGGCUAUUAUUUUAAGUAAUGACAAACAAUUUUUUUAGAUAAUGACCUGACAAUUAUUCUACCGUUUUACAAGAAUUAGUUAAUUUACCAUUUUAUUACCGUGCAUUUAAAAAUAAAUUUCAGUUUGUCCCAGGUCCUGGUACAUAUGAUAUCGGUGGAGCAACAUAACAUAUUGAACAACUAAGUAAAAUGAGUACAUAUUAUGGAUUAUUCUUUGGUGACUAUGGUGUUGAUGAUGACACGACAAAUAGAUGAAAACAUUAUGAAAAUGCUCUUUUGAGUAUAAAUUUUAAUGAUUUUCGAUUCAAUAAAAUUUUACUGAAUGUU